AUGACGAGCCUCAUGUACCACAACCUCACGUCAUGCUUCGACCAGGUUGGCAUCCUGGAUGUGUGCUGUGGUGACCCCUUCGGCCAGCAGAUCCUUGCGGCAGCCCUCCCCACCGAGGGCGAGGAGAGCGUGAGCGACGAGCUCAAUGCCCCAGAGUACUCCACAGACGAGUUUCGAAUGUUUCAGUUCAAGGUGGAGCGGUGUGGAAAGCGGUGCGUGCACGACUGGCGCUGCUGCCCCUUCGCCCACCCCACCGAGAACGCGCGGCGGCGCGACCCUCGCCUGGUGGAGUACCUGCCCGUCCCCUGCCCCGACUACAAGCGCGGCAUCUGCCUGCGCGGCGACGCCUGCCCCUACUCCCACGGCGUGUAUGAGUGCUGGCUGCACCCCGCCAAGUACCGCACCCAGCUGUGCAAGGAGGGCCCUGCCUGCCGCCGCCCCGUCUGCUUCUUCGCCCACGCCGUGCGCGACCUGCGCCAGCCCACCCACACGCCGGGGGAAGGGUCGGGGCCCCGUGCCAUGCUGCAUGGGGCGGGCCCGGCGCACGCCACCAUCCGCGCUGCGUACAACCCGCGUGCCGCGUCCCUGGACUCGCCCUUUGGCGCGCCGGCGCCGGCCGAGGGUGCGCUGGGCAUCCACCCCGCCCUCCUCUCCCUCAUCGACUCCGGCCUGGGCGGGUCGGCGUUCGCCCCCGCCGCGGUGGCCAGCGCGGGCGCUAGCGCCGACUCGGCCUCCCUCAGUGCCCUCCUCGCUGGCCUGGGCUCCUGCAGCCUGGACGGCAGCGGCGGUGCGCCGGGGCCGCGCCAUGGCCAUGACCAGCCGCCCCUGGAGAGCUUCGCCCUCUUCUCCUCGGCGCCUUCGGGCGGCUUCCUGGGGCCUGCCGGCGGCGCUGCCUGGGGGCCCCCUGCCCAGACGCAGGCCGCGGGCGCCGCCUCGCGGGCGGCCUCCUUCGACACCGCCUUCCUGGCCAAGCAGCAGGCGACUGCGCAACAGGAUCGCGUCUUCUUCGAUGCCCGCAACGGCGUCCCUCGCCACUCUGCGGAGUUUGGGCGCACUGCGUGCCUGUUCUGA